AUGAGCAUCACGAAACAAACGAUUCAAUCCGACUCAUCCCAAAUCGAGCGUGUUACUGUAUUCCCCGAUCGGGCUGAGAUUCGAAGGAAAAUCCCGUUGAAACUUGAACAAGGAAUCAAUGAAAUUUCUAUCAAUAAUGUUUUGGGGCAAAUUUGCGAGGAUUCGGUGAGAGCCUCGGGAGCAGGGAUGGCUUCGAUUCAUGACAUUGAGAUUGGAUGGAAAAAUGUGACCAAAGGUACUUUAGAAGAGGCAAUAGAACUUCGAAAGGCUUUGAUUGAAUGCGAGAGGGCCGAGGCUUGGAUGUUAGUGAGAAGGAAUCUGUUGAAGGAUAAGCUCGCUGGAUUGCAAAGGCUGUACCAAAAUGUGGUUGGAAGUACGACUGAAAAAAAAGAAAAGGGGGAAUCGUCAAAUUUUGUUGUGAAUCGAUCGACUCUUGACGGAUUUAAGGAACUUUUUGACUUUUAUGAGCAACAAGCGACAGAAUUUGGAAAACAAGAGCAAGUCCUUAUCAAGGAAGAAGAUGAAUGCAAAGAGAAAACAAAAGAAGCAAAGCAAAAACUGAAUAAAUGCAUCAAAGAAAAGACGAUUCGAAUUAUCAAAGUGAAUUUGGAGACAGAAGAAGCUUGUGAGGUUGAUCUGUUUCUGAGUUAUCAAGUUACGCAAGCAGAAUGGAGGCCAUCCUAUGAUAUUCGCGUCGAUGCGAUGGGUGAAGAAGAGAAGAUGAAUAUCACCUAUUUUGGGUGUGUCACUCAAGAAUCAGGAGAAGAAUGGAGGAAUUGCCGCCUCAUUCUCUCAACAGCAAUUCCAUCAUUUGGCGGAUCUUUACCUCCUUUGGGCACUCUUGGUGUUUCAUUCAAAGAGAGAACUCCACAACCGUGUGGAACAACGUUUGGAGCUUCAUCAUCCGGCUUGUUUGGGAGCCAGCCCGCUAGCCAGACCUCAACCUCAACUUCGGGAGCGCUUUUUGGUGCCGCUCCAGCACGUGCUCCUCCAGCAGAAGUAGCAAAACCGGAAAUGGUGCAAGUUACAGCUACAGUAGAAGAACAGACUUUGGCCUCAGAAUUCACGAUUAAUCGAUUGAUCACAAUUCCGUCGGAUAAUGGAGAGCACAAGGUAACAAUCGGAGUCGCUCAAGUGUCUCCAAUUCUCUCACGUGAAUCCGCCACAAACACUUCAUCUCUAUCAUUUCUGCCUGGAAAAGCCGCCAUUUUCCUCGAUGGAAACUUUAUCAACAAAAUUCAUCUCAAAUCCGUCUCUCCAGGAGAACACUUCUCAUUUUCACUUGGGGUCGAUUCUUCAAUCAAAGUUAUCCGUCAACCGGCACACAAUAGUCAAGGAGAGGCAGGAUUGAUCAGCAAAUGGAAUACAAUAGUCAAGGAACAGAAGUAUAUGGUGAAGAAUAGUCGAAACGAGAAAGCGGUCACAUUCUACGAACAAAUUCCGAGGAGUUUGAAGGAGAGAAUUGUGGUGAAACUUCUCUCUCCUGACGCAGAAAUAUAUUUUGAAAUUAUUCCAGAAACAAUGUCUACCGUGCAAUCAAUUGAAUGCAAAUCGACAACGAUCGAGCGGGUCACCGUUUUCUCGGAUCGAGCCGAGAUUAGGAGGAAUGUGGCGUUGAAAUUGGAGACCGGCAUGAAUGAGAUCAAUAUCAUUAAUCUUCCUGGAGACAUUUUGGAUGAUUCGGUGAGGAUUUCGGGAACGGGAAAUGCAUCGAUUCAUGAGGUGCAAGUUGCAUGGAAAGAGGCAACGAAGAAAGAGAAAGAUUGUCCACAGGCUGUUGAACUCCGUCAAAAACUUGAAGUCGCCGAAAGGGAGAACACUUUGAUCAAGAAUCGCAGAAAGAUUUUGCAGAAGAAAAGAGAAGCGCUUGAUGCACUCAUUGGGAAGCUUGGAAACACUCAAGGCGCUCAAUCGGUUCAGUUCAACGCGGAGACUUUUGAAGGAAUUGGAAGUCUCUUUGAAUAUUACGAGAAUCAAGUUCUUCAGUUCAAUGAUUCGGAAUCGUCUUUGGAAAAGGAAGAGAACGAAUCAAACGAGAAAGUGCAAGUGAUCAGAAAUGAGCUCAAUCGAUAUGAAUACCCGGGAUCGGUUAGGGCUGUGACCGUGAUCUUGGAGUCACCAGAAGCCGGAGAGGCGUCACUGACAAUGAACUAUCAAGUGUACAAUGCUUUCUGGAGGCCAUCUUAUGAUAUUCGAGUCGAUAGCAAAGAAGAGGAGAAACAUAUGAAUAUCACCUACUCUGGACGAGUCUCUCAAAACUCUGGAGAAGAAUGGUCCGGUUGUCAACUUGUCCUCUCAACAGCCAGUCCAUCUGUUGGUGGAAAUAUUCCCGAAUUAGGAACGCUUGAUGUCUCACUCUAUGUGAAGCCUGAUCCUCAACAGAAUUACGGUGGAUAUGGAGCUGAAAUAGCACACGCACGCACGCAAUACGGGUCCCACGAAAGAAAACGUUGUGCAAAAAGUCGCCACGAUGCUCCGCCAAUGAAAAAGAUUACCGCCACUGUUCAAGAGCAAGCUCUCUCAUCGGAAUUCGUGAUCGCUCGUCCGGCUGCAAUUCCACCAGAUGGAGCUGAGCAUAAGGUGACAAUCGGUGCCGCCUCAUUCCAACCGAAUCUUCAACAUGAAUGUGUUCCAUCAAAAAAUAACAAUGUCUACUUGAUUGGAUCCACUCGAAAUUCUUCUUCUUUACCAUUUCUUCCCGGUGAAGCGGCGAUCUUUUUGGAUGGAAAUUUCAUCACAAAGUCUCAAUUGAAAGCUGUAUCUCCGGGUGAAUAUUUUGCAGUAUCUCUUGGACAAGAUGCUUCAAUUAAAGUCGAUUAUAAGCCGGCACAUAACAAACAAGGAGAAGCUGGAUUGAUCAACAAGAAUAAUACACAAGUGAAAGAACAAAAAGUGAUUGUGAAAAAUACGAGAAAGGAAAAAGUGAAAGUGACAAUUAAAGAACAUGUGCCGAGGAGUACCGAUGAGAAGAUCAAGGUGCGUCUCCUCUCACCGACUCCUGCCCCUCUUCAACACAUUCCGGAGGACAAA